GAGAAGGCACAACAAGCAUGCCUCGUCUCUAGAGGGGCAGAGCGCGUCGCUGCGACUUGGGGAGACGUUGUCUUUUUAAUUUUGGAUGAGAGAGAGAGAGGCAGAGAGAAAGAGAGGCAGAGAGAAAGAGAAGAGUGCGAGAAGAGUGCUAGAGGAGAGCUGUGCUGUGCAGCCGCUGCCGAGGAGGAGGAGACGCGGGAGCGCAGGAGUUUUAUCCAAAAAAAAAGUUCCACCGCAGCAGGUCGUCGCGACCGCGAACCCGGUUCUCAGGGGAAACCUCCCUGAGAACGCACAGAUACUCACAAAGGAAGCAGACACACGCACACAGGCAACAUGCAGGAGUCGGAGCCCACCGUGUGCCAGCUGCAGCCCAACAUCAUCUCGGUGCGCCUCUUCAAGAGGAAGGUCGGCGGUCUGGGGUUUCUGGUCAAGCAGAGGAUAUCCAAGCCGCCCGUCAUCGUGUCGGACCUCAUCCGCGGCGGCGCGGCCGAGGAGUGCGGCCUGGUGCAGGUGGGCGACAUCGUCCUGGCCGUCAACAACAAGCCGCUGGUGGACCUCUCCUACGAGCGGGCCCUGGAGACGCUGAAGAACGUGUCGCCCGAGAGCCACGCCGUUCUCAUCCUCCGCGGGCCCGAGGGCUUCACCACCCACCUGGAGACCACCCUGUGCGGAGACGGCCGCCAGCGCACAGUGAGGGUCACGCGGCCCACCUUCCCGGCCUCAAAGUCCUACGAGCACUGCUCCCCCCUCAGUCCUUUCAGCCCCGGGGAGCAGCAGCAGCAGGCCAACAAGGAGCCCCAGCUCAGGGCCAUAGAGAACCUGUCCUCUCCGUCCAUCACCCACUCCCUCCUGCAGAGGGGAGGCAUACAGGCCCAGGACCCCCUGCUGAUGAGGGACGGGGGCCGCAGAGCGCUCCUGUGCAACGGGCUGGAGGAGAACAACGAGCUGCUGAAGGAGAUCGAGCCAGUGCUGCGCCUCAUCAAAAACAGCAAAAAGGAGAUCAAUGGAGAAGGCCAGAGGAACGCGGGGAGAAGGGACGCCGAGAUCCAAGUGGCCUGGGACCUUGGCGUGGGAAAUGGCACAUCUCCCCAGCUGGCGCCAGAUAACGACAGAAUGCUGGAAAACAUGCCGGUGGUGUUCAACAACACUGACAAGCCUCCAGAACAGGACAGGGCCUCACCUACCAAGUCGCUGAUGAAUGGCAGUCCCUCCAAAUGCCCCCGCUUCAUUAAGAUCAAGAACUGGGAGACGGGCACGGUCUACAGCGACACACUCCACCACGGCACCAGCAAGAUGCCGAUCUGCACCGAAAAUGUGUGCAUUGGCUCCGUGAUGAUCCCCAACCAGCAUGUCCGCAAGCCGGACGAGGUCAGAUCCAAAGAGGAGCUUCUCCCGCUGGCCACCGACUUCAUAGAUCAGUACUACACCUCCAUCAAAAGGAAUGGCUCGAAGGCCCAUGUGGACAGGCUGGAGGAGGUCACCAAGGAAAUCGACGCUUCAGGAACAUACCAGCUGAAGGACACUGAGCUGAUUUAUGGAGCCAAGCACGCCUGGAGGAAUGCUGCCCGUUGUGUCGGGAGGAUCCAGUGGUCCAAACUACAGGUCUUUGAUGCUCGAGACUGCACAACAGCUCAUGGAAUGUACAACUACAUCUGUAACCACAUCAAGUAUGCCACCAACAAAGGCAACCUGAGGUCUGCCAUCACCAUAUUUCCUCAGCGGACGGAUUGCAAACACGACUUCCGGGUGUGGAACAGUCAGCUGAUUCGUUAUGCAGGCUACAAACAACCCGACGGACACAUCCUGGGAGACCCCGCUAAUGUGGAAUUCACCGAGAUCUGCGUGCAGCUGGGAUGGAAGGCGCCGAAGGGUCGCUUUGAUGUCCUGCCCCUCCUGCUGCAAGCCAACGGAAAUGACCCUGAGCUCUUCGAGAUCCCCGAAGACCUCAUCCUGGAGGUGCCGAUCACGCACCCCAAGUAUGAGUGGUUCAAGGAGCUCGACCUGAAGUGGUACGGCCUCCCGGCGGUGUCCAACAUGCUGCUGGAGAUCGGUGGCGUGGAGUUCACUGGCUGCCCCUUCAGCGGCUGGUACAUGGGCACGGAGAUCGGCGUGAGGGACUUCUGCGACAGCUCGCGCUACAACAUUCUGGAGGAGGUCGCUGACAAGAUGGCCUUAGACACCAGGAAGACGUCCUCUCUUUGGAAAGACAAGGCGCUGGUGGAGAUCAACAUUGCUGUUCUCUACAGCUUCCAGACAUGCAAAGUGACCAUAGUGGACCAUCACUCGGCCACCGAGUCCUUCAUGAAGCACAUGGAGAACGAGUACCGGGUGCGCGGCGGCUGCCCCGGCGACUGGGUGUGGAUUGUGCCUCCCAUGUCAGGAAGCAUCACGCCGGUUUUCCACCAGGAAAUGCUCAACUACCGCCUCACCCCCUCCUAUGAGUACCAGCCUGAUCCGUGGAAUACCCAUGUGUGGAAAGGAGUGAAUGGGACACCCACGAAGAAGAGAGCCAUCGGAUUCAAGAAGCUCGCCAAGGCCGUGAAGUUUUCGGCCAAGCUCAUGGGCCAGGCCAUGGCGAAGAGGGUGAAGGCCACCAUACUGUUCGCCACGGAGACGGGCAAGUCGCAAGAUUACGCCAAGACGCUCUGCGAGAUCUUCAAGCACGCGUUCGACGCGAAGGUCAUGUCAAUGGACGAAUACGACGUGGUCGACCUGGAGCACGAGACGCUGGUGUUGGCGGUGACCAGCACAUUCGGCAACGGCGAUCCGCCCGAAAACGGAGAGAAAUUCGGAGCUGCCUUGAUGGAGAUGCGCCACCCAACGUCCAACACAGAAGACAGGAAGAGCUACAAGGUCCGUUUCAACAGCGUCUCCUCCUACUCGGACACUCGCAAGUCCUCCAGCGACGAGCCAGAAGCCAAAAUCAACUUUGAGAGCACCGGACCGCUGGCUAAUGUCAGGUUCUCGGUGUUUGGCCUCGGCUCCAGGGCCUACCCACACUUCUGCGCCUUUGCCCACGCCGUGGACACGCUGUUCGAGGAGCUGGGGGGCGAACGCAUCCUACGCAUGGGGGAAGGAGACGAGCUGUGUGGUCAGGAGGAGUCGUUCAGAACCUGGGCCAAGAAGGUUUUCAAGGCCGCCUGUGACGUGUUCUGCGUCGGCGACGAUGUGAACAUCGAGAAGGCCAACGACUCCCUGAUCAGCAACGACCGCAGCUGGAAGAAGAGCAAGUUCCGCAUGACGUACACGGCCGAGGCCCCGGCGCUCACAGAAGCAUUAUACAGCGUUCACAAGAAGAGGGUUUAUGGAGCAAAGAUGCUGGAAUCCCAAAACCUACAAACUCCCAAAUCCAAUCGCUUCACCAUAUUUGUGCGGCUCCACACCAACGACCACGACCGGCUGAGCUACCAGCCCGGCGACCAUCUGGGCAUCUUCCCUGGCAACCACGAGGACCUGGUUACGGCUCUCAUAGAUAAACUGGAGGACGCGCCGCCUGUCAAUCAGAUCAUCAAAGUGGAGUUCCUGGAGGAGAGGAACACCGCCCUGGGUGUUAUCAGUAACUGGACGAACGAGACUCGCAUCCCGCCCUGCACCAUCUACCACGCCUUCCAGUACUUCCUGGACAUCACCACCCCGCCGAGCCCCGUGCUGCUGCAGCAGUUCGCCGCUCUGGCGACCAACGACAAGCAGAAAAAGAAGCUGGAGGUCCUCAGUAAGGGUUUGCAGGAGUACGAGGAGUGGAAGUGGUACAACAACCCGACACUGGUGGAGGUGCUGGAGGAGUUCCCCUCCAUCCAGAUGCCCUCCACCCUGCUGCUCACGCAGCUGCCGCUGCUGCAGCCGCGCUACUACUCCAUCAGCUCCUCCCCGGAGCUGCACCCGGGCGAGAUCCACCUCACCGUCGCCGUGGUCUCCUACCGUGCCAGAGAUGGAGAGGGACCUAUCCACCACGGAGUGUGUUCGUCGUGGCUCAACAGGAUAGAGAAGGGCGAGAUGGUGCCGUGUUUUGUCCGAGGUGCCCCGUCUUUCCAACUUCCCAAAGACAACCAAGCACCUUGUAUCCUGGUGGGUCCAGGAACGGGCAUCGCCCCGUUCAGAAGCUUCUGGCAACAAAGACUGUAUGACCUUGAACACAAAGGGAUUGAAUCGUGCCCCAUGAUCCUGGUGUUCGGUUGUCGGCAGUCCGAGAUGGACCACAUCUACAAGGAGGAGACGAUCCAGGCCAGGAACAAGCGAGUGUUCAAGGAGCUCUACGCGGCCUAUUCCAGAGAACCCGGCAAACCAAAGAAAUACGUACAGGAUGUGCUGCGCGAGCAGCUGUCGGAGACGGUGUACCAGUGCCUGAGGGAGGAGGGCGGCCACAUCUACGUGUGCGGCGACGUGACCAUGGCCGGCGACGUCCUCAAGACUGUCCAGCAGGUCAUCAAGCAGGAGGGCAACAUGAGCCUGGAGGACGCCGGCUUCUUCAUCAGCAAGCUACGGGAUGAGAACCGCUACCACGAGGACAUCUUCGGCGUCACCCUGCGCACCUACGAGGUCACCAACCGGCUCCGCUCCGAGUCCAUCGCCUACAUCGAGGAGAGCAAAAAGGACUCGGAUGAGGUUUUCUGCCUGUAGGUCCAUGAAUCGAGGGGCUUUCUGUCAACAACCAGUCUGGAGGGAUGCAGCAACACUGGUUAAAGAAUACUGUGCCAAUUUUUGUACUGUAAAAAAAAAAAAAAGGUUUCUUUCUUUCUUUCUUUCUUUCUUUCCUUCUUUUAAUUUUUCUUUUUUUAUAUAUACCACUUCAAUCUUUCUGUUGGGCUCUGCGAUUUUUGUCUGUAGCAAGUUGGAAAUUUUGUUUUUUGGCUUGUUGAUGAUCCUUCCAAAAACUAUAAAUUGAUUCUCUUUUUGAUUCAUGACGUGUGAACCUAGUGUAAUGACCUGCCUCAUUGUGAAUGCAUGACCCAAGACAAGAAUAUACUCGACAAAUAUAAUAUACUCUGUGUUAUUGUUACAAAAAAAAAAAAAAGCAUUUUAUUGAGGUUUUUUAUAUUUGCAAGGGAAUGUGUGGCGUUGAUGAACAGAAGUAGUUAUGAUUUUUUUUCCGAAAGAAUCAGGGCUGAUCAAAUAUAUUUGGGCUGUUGUGCUGUUUUUUUUUGUUUGUUUUCUUCCCUUUCUUUCAUAAAUCAAAGGUUGUGGUUUCAGAAAAAGAAUGUGCAGGCCUGCAGGUGGACUGGCAGGGAUUCUGUCACGGCCUCGACAUGCACAUUGUUAUCUUGCUUUUUUUCACCCACUUCAAAACUUCGCCUGCACCAGCUCUCCUCUUUGGUGGCCCCGCCCGUUCCUCUCGCAGCAACCCGACAUCGCGUGCGUCCCACUGGGUUGUGUCGCCCACCCACAGCAGCUUCUUAGGAAUGUGGAGGAGAGGAGGAGGAGGAAGAAGAAGAAGACGAAGAAAUCAGAACCGCUCUCACGACUAUGUUAAUAAUCCAAAACAAAAAAAGCUUCUUGAAUGCUCUCAGGUUUUAUUGAAUUAUAGUUGAUUUUUCAUUUUAUUGCACUGUUUAUUAUAGAAAGUCUUUUUUCUUUCUUGCUGAGCGGUCAUGUCUGUACGGUAAAUAUGACGAUACAGCCAGUAGUCGGUUAGCAGGCGCUCGGACCAAAAUUUGUAAAAAUAACAAAAUAAAUAAUAAAUACAAAUAAAGUUCCUUGUUUUUGUUGUCAUGUUCCAGGCCCUUUCUUGGCCGGAAGCAGAAAGUCGACCCGCUCCGGAACAACAACAAAACAAUAUUGUCAGAAGAAUCGAGCAUUAAUUUUUAAAUUUUGCGGGUUUUUUUGUGUGUGUGUGUGUAGAAUAAAGAAACAAGAUAUAAAAAUAUUAAUGAGCUUUAAUGAGCUUAAAAAUCGAAGCUCAGUAGCUGUGGCGUCACAUUUAACCACACAAACAUGGUCGAGUUGUGUCGACUCCUCUCACCUUACUCUCAGCAAAAUGGCGAACAAUCUUCUCCUCUUUCUUUUUUCCAAAGAUGUGGAACUGUUCCAUUCCAAAAAUGAACCUCCUUUUUCUGAGGGGAAGCUAAAAAAAAAAAAAUUUAAAAAGAAGAAACAACACGGAAUCAAAACUGUUUUGCCGCUGUAGAACUGUCGCUCCCCUGGAUCCUCUCUGGCAGCUUGGUCGAUCGCCUCUUGAGCUUUUUAAAAAAAGGGGAAAAAAAAAGUUACAUUAUGUCAGCAUCACGACUCCUCUGCCUCUUGCCUUACAUCAACUCUCUCUCUCUCUCUCUCUCUCUCUCUCUCUCUCUGCUUCUGCCUACGUACACUACAUCUCUUCUCAUGCCACUCUUUCACUGUGACCUGUGACCUGACACCCGCUCAGUAGCAUCGGCGCGUGCGUGCGCGUGUGCGCGCCAUAUAAAUCACUGCAAGCGUGCACGUCUCUUUACGAGUGGGUGUAAACAUGCAUGUGCUCAGGUGUGUGUGUGUGUGUGUGUGUGUGUGUGUGUUUUUACACGGUUAUUCUGCUGUUAACGUAAAAUUGGUCAGACUUUUAAAAAAAAAAAAAGAGCAAUUCACACGAGCCUGAAAAUGUAAUCUGGUGUUUCGGUAAACAGGAACAUGCCCACAUGGCUUUUAGUUUGGAAUCUCAGCAGUUCAGUUCCUAUUAUGCCAUUUCUGGGGUUCUUUUGUUCCCCCAUUCGAAGACGAGAGGCGCUGGCGGUGGCACUGUCGCUGCGGUCAUUUGCUGCUUCCCCGUGAGUCGGGGCCAUAAUUUGAACCUAUUUGUGCGGCUGGCUACAUUGUGUACUGACCCGCUCCGCAGUAACCUGUGGCUUUCCUCGUCGUCUCCUCGCUCUUCUUUUAUUCCCCUUUCCCUUUGUCUCCCGACUCAGUUCAAAGAUAGCCGGCGUCAUACUUAAUGGAUUUUUAUUGUGUGAUUACCAAAUCGUUCCUGAGAACAUGUUUGUUUAUUCUUGGGGGAGGGGGGGGGGGGGGUUGGGUUUGUUUUUCUGAAUCAAUCAUUUUAACUGCCAAGAGAAAAUGGGCGAUUCCCGUUGUAACCCACAUGUUGCUCAUCCUGGACGAAUGUCUCCUCCGUGUCAUUUUUCUUUGAACAGAUUUAGUUCAGUCGGUCCGAGAAAAAAUGUCUGUGAUGUAAAAUGUGCAACAGGAAAAACAAAUUGAUACACGAUCAUAGCUUCUAUAUAUAGCUUCUACAUAUAAAUAUAUAUAUAUAUAUAUAUAUAUAUAUAUUCAAACAAAGUAUAAAAUAUAAAGAGUACCACUUCGAUCUUUUCUAAGAAUGUAUUUUGAUUAUGUAAAUGAGCACUAUGAUUCUGCUUGAUUCAAAAAGAACAAAAAAAUAUAUAUGCCUAUUCUAUUACGGUGUCCCUCAUAUCCUUUAGGUAUGGGGAUUAAAAAGAGCAGCAUUAAACAAAUGCAUGGUGAUCUUCUGUCUCCUGUUCAUAUUUUUGAAGAAAGAAAGAAGAAGAAGCUCUGUCUAUAUUACCAGCACUGUGUCAGUCGGUAAGACUGUACAUCGUGAGGUCUGGCCUUCUUCUUUUCCCCACGGGGCUUUGGAUGCUAAAAAGUGUUUUUGUUUUUUUUGUUUCUCUUUCUGUGUUUGCAUAUCGCUGCUGCUGCUGCUGCUGCUGCUGCUGCCAUGAACAGCUCUGAUCCAACCGGCCUCUGCUCUAAUGACCUUUGUUGUGUAAUCGAUCGAGGGGUAUUCCAUUUGAAAAAGCAUCAACUGCGGGCCACUUUGCAUUUGCGUACGAAAUAAAGAGAAACAUUUGCAGAAUA